UGAGUGACCCGGAGCUGUGCUACAUCGGCACCGAGCCCUGGAAGCCCAAGGAGGCCCUGGAGGACGGCGGCGUCAUAACCGACAAGGCCGACAUCUUCGCUUUCGGGCUGACGCUCUGGGAGAUGAUGACGCUCUCCGUGCCCCACCUCAACCUGGACAAUGACACCGAGGACGAAGAUGAAUCCUUCGAUGAGGACACCUUCGACGACGAAGCGUAUUACGCCGCGCUGGGAACCCGCCCGGCUCUCAACAUGGAAGAGCUGGAUCAGUCCUACCAGCACAUGAUCGAUCUCUUUUCCGUCUGCACCAGCGAGGACCCCAAAAAACGUCCCUCGGCCGCGUGCAUCGUGGAGGUUUUGGAAGCAAAUUUGCUCCAGGAGUAA